CAUUUUUCAUUAACAUAAAUCAUUUCUUUUUUUAUUUAAAAAAAAAGCUUAAAAAGGCGUUGCGUUGUGUUCUGAAGUCUGAACUCUAUUUGUGUUGAAUCCGUAAGCAAAGCUCUGUCUGUCUGCUAUUGAAGUUGAAGGGCGGCUCCGAGAUAGAUUAAAGUUGCUGGACUUUACUGGAUGCCAUGGGAACCAGAGGAGUGAUUGCGGACAAGUGGUCUAUGAGAGUUCUGUGGGCUUGUGCUAUUGGAAGCGCUGUUAGUCUGUAUAUGGUUGCUGUAGAAAGACAAAAACAGAAUAGGCAGAAGAUGCUGGCUGAAGGCUUGAAGGGUAUGGAAUUGGGGGAAAGCAAUGGUGAAGACGUUUAAGCUGUGUCGCACACUUAUGAAUACAUUGUAGUACCAUUUAGCAGAUUUUGAUAUGAAAAUAACAAUAACAAAUGGAUAGCAUUUGUUUUUUGUCAGUAAAACAUUAAAUCUGUUGACAUCAGAAUCUUUCUGAAAGGGUUAUGUAAAAAGUUUAUGUGUUCAUGCCUUUCACAGCACCUACGAUGAUCUUGUAAGAUCCUUGGUAAGGGGUUUCCCA